AAAUGAAGCUGAAUUAAGUUGAUUGCAUCGCAAUGUCAAUGUUAAUGUCCAACAAGAAGGCGUCUCAGCGGAAUUGCGCAUUGUGAUAACGUGAACGUAACGUAAAACGCGAGCACUUUUGCUGCUCUUUGCGGGUGUGCGUGUGCGUGUGUGCUUCUGCCAAGUGUAUGUGCUGUGAUUCUGCGUAUGUGUAUGUGUGCGUGUGUGUAUAAUUUUGGUGUGCGGCUGCAGAAGGCAACGACACGGCGCGCCGCUGGCCAGCAGCAGCAGCACCAGAAGCAACAACAACAGCAAAAUACAAACCAAAAUCAAUGCUGUCAACAGCCAAGGAAAGCAAAAUGAGCCUUUUGCACAAGAUGGACGGCAGCAUCAGUUCUCCAUCCACGCCCAACAACUGCUCGGCGGGCGGCGUCGGCGGCUGCGGCAACAGCAGCAGCAGCAACAGCAUCAACAGCAGCGGCGCCGCCAACUACGCGGGCCACACAUCCAGCACAUCGUCAACGCCCCCGCCGCAGCAUACGCAGUACCAGCAGCAGCAGCAGCAACAGUCGCAGCAAGCGCCGCCGCCGACGACCCCACAGCAGAGCGGGCGGACAGGUGGGGUGCCGCCAGCGCCGCCAAGCGGCAGUGCGUCGUCGUCGUCGGGCUCAUCGGGUCAUAAGAACAGUCUGAAGGGCACGAAGUUGGCGCGACGUGCGCGCUCCUUUAAGGACGAUCUGAUUGAGAAGAUCUCACUGAUGCGCACCACAAACAAUACGCUCGGCCGAUCCCAUUCGCCGCACAGUCCGCGCAGCAAGCACGGCUCCAAGCCGCCGCCCACCACCGAGGAGGUGCAGCGUUCCACUCAAACGCUGGAGACGCACGUCAAGGAUAUAUCGAAUGCGCUCAAACACUUUCGCGAUGUCAUACACAAAAAGAAGCUGGAGGUGCUGCCCGGCAAUGGCACCGUCAUACUGGAGACCAUUGCCAGCAUGUAUUCCGUCAUUCAGUCGUAUACGCUGAACGAGAACAGUGCCAUCAUGAGCUCAGCCACACAGCAGGUCUACCAGUCGCUGGGCAAGCUCAUCAAGCUCUGCGACGAGGUCAUGUUGAGCGAGAAGAGCGGCGAGUGCGCCUCCCUCAGCAACGAGAAUGUCCGUGAGGUCAUCGAUCUGCUCGAGGAUGCAGUGCGCAAUCUGGUCACACUGGCGCAGGGCAAGCUUAAGGAGCAGGAUCAGUGCACGUUUCGUUAUAGCGGCGCCGGCUUGGGCGGCAUUGGUGCCGCUGCCGACAUAAUGGGCGUGGUGACCGCCGCAAGCGCAGCGGGAAGCGUGACUGGGCUGCGCACACCAGCGGAUGCGGCAGCGGCCGCGGUGGUGCAGCGCACCUCGCUGCCCGAUAUUGCACUAACGCCCAAGGAGCGCGACAUACUCGAGCAGAGCAAUGUGAAUCCCAUGCGCGGCUCGCACAGCACGGAGAGCAUACUGCGCGAUACGAGCCCGCCGCCAAAGCCGCCGUUGCCCAACCGGGCGAGCAAUCCGCCGCCGUUACCACCAAAGCGCCGCAGUCAGCCGCAGUCGCAGCUGGCGAAUGCCAAUGCAUCCACCAAUACCAAUACGAACCCCACCACCAGCCACUCGUCGCAGGCGAAUAGCCCGUUGCCCUACGCACAAUCGCAUAAUAUCAGCCUAAACUCUGAUCUGGAUUGCAGUUCGAAUUUCUCGCUGCUUAACUAUGGCGUAGACCGCCUUUCGGUGCGCUCGCGCUCACCAGACGAGAACAGCCAAUGCUCGUUCGACUCGGCGCUAAAUCAUUCACGCGAGGAGGAGGAACAGCUGCAGAAGCCGCCAUCGAGAACGCUACACCAUCAGUUGGACGACGACGUGGACAAACUGAUCAGCUACAGUGAGUGCCCGCAAGCAAUAGCUCCUAACAUCAGCUCCAUCUAUAACUCAAUUUCUCAAACUCGCCUGCGACCAGCAGAGGCUCCGGCUGAGGCUGGCGCUGCGCUGUCACAGGAGGCAGCUGCCGCGUCCAGCGCUCAGAUGACGCCGCCUUUGCCGGGUGUCAGCUCUGCCUCUGCCUCUGGUCUUGGCUCCGGCUCUGGCUCUGGCUCCGGCUCCGGCUCUGGCGCAGCUGAGGCCAACACGGAGCUGCGUAAAGCAGCCGCAGCGCUAACCAGCAAUCGUCAUUCAAAUGAAUCGGGCUUUGUGUCGAUGAUGUCAUUCCGUACCUCCACGCAGAGCGUCUCGAAACGCUCCUCGGAGCACAGUGUGCAAUCCUCGACAAAGUCAUCGAGCAGCAAUUCAGAGAUCGCCUUCGGCAUGAACGAGCUGACCUGCGCCUCCUCGACGAGCAACAGCGGCAGCAACACCGAUUAUCAGCAGCUAAGCCAAACGCAGACAACGCAACGUCACAUCACCAGCAACAGCAGCAACAUUAGCAGCAGCAGCAACAUUAGCAGCAGCAACGGCAACGGCAACAUUAGCAGCAGCAGCAGCAGCAAUACAACGGCAAUGGCAACAACAAUUGCCAGUGAACAGUUGCUGGCGCUGGGCAGCAAUUGCCCGUCGCCGGAGCUGGCGCCGGCGUUGCCACCCAAGACGCAGCAGCGUACAACAUUGUCACUGUUUGAUGCGGCCAUGGAUAUGCUGGACGAUUGCAUUUUCGAAAUGCCAGAGAUGCGUCAAUUGUCGCCACAUCAUCAGCAUCAUUCUUCGUCGACGCAGCUGCACCAGUGGCAUUCCAAGCAUCACAGUCUCAUUGAGCCGCCGCGGAGCGCCCAUUUGCCCAGCAGCUGCAGCAGCGCCUUUGACAGGCAUUUGGAGAAGCCGCCGCCGCUGCCGAGGAAGCAGAAGCACAAUUUUCAAAGUGUCGCAUUCUCGGUUCUGGCCUACAUGGAGAUCUGCUCGGCGAAUUCGCACUCUGUGGAGCAGCAUCGGCAUACAAUGCACGCGUACAACAUCAGCCGCAACAUGUCGCAUAGUCAGACCAUGAACAUAAUGUCCGUUAGCAAGGAUCUGUCGCCGGAGCAGGAGAUGCCGCCAGCGCUGCCGCCCAAGAAUUACAAGCAGCGCAAGCCCUCAACUACCAUGACGUCGGGGUCGGCAUCGACAGCAAUUCCAGCAGCGAUUAUUACAACCCCACCGGCUAGUCCGAAGCCAAUGCUCAGCGACGGUUCUCUAAGGGGCUGCCGCAUGACGACCGUCUGUGAGGAGCUCAACGAUCCGCCGACACACUCGGAUGAGGCAAGCGCAGCAGCUGCGGCUGCGGCCGCGUUGGAUAGCAAUGAAAACGUGAACGCUGCCGGCAGCCACACCUACUAUUGUCACUCACAUCAGCUGCCCAGCGAGUCGGCAAAAGCUGGGGCAGGCGAGCAGCAGCUAGCCACGCCCAUAAGCACACCCAAAAUGCUGGAUGCUGGCGAUGUGGAGCAAGGUGGGGCCAAGGAGCAGCCGUUGCAGCCAGGCGAGCUAGAGCUUGCAGAAGAUGAGGAGCAGGACAUCGAUGGCGAGGAGGAUGAGGAGGACGACGACGAGGGUGAGGUCGAUAAUCAAUUGCCAAACAUGCUGGAAGAGAUCGACAUAACGCCAUACCUAAUACUCAAAAAGAAGGAGGAGGAUGGCCCAGAAGUGAAGGGCGGCUACAUCGAUGCGCUGAUCGUGCACGCCAGUCGCGUCCAGAAGGUCGCUGAUAAUGCAUUCAGCGAGGCGUUCAUUACAACCUUCCGCACCUUCAUUCAGCCGAUCGAUGUGAUCGAGAAGCUGACCCAUCGUUACACAUACUUCUUCUGCCAGGUGCACGAUCAGAAGCAGAAGGCCGCCAAGGAGACCUUCUCGCUGCUGGUGCGUGUCGUCAAUGAUCUGACCUCGACGGAUCUGACAAGCCAGCUGCUUAGUUUGCUGGUUGAGUUUGUUUAUCAGCUGGUCUGCUCCGGCCAGCUGUAUUUGGCCAAGCUGCUGCGCAACAAGUUUGUGGAGAAGGUAACGCUAUAUAAGGAUCAAAGGAGCUACGCCUAUGUGCCCGAUCAAUUGGGCAGCGGCAGCAAUACAAAUCAGCCCAGUCUGCUCGACUUGAAGUCAUUGGAAAUAGCCGAGCAGAUGACAUUGCUGGAUGCGGAGCUUUUUCAGAAAAUCGAGAUACCCGAAGUAUUAUUAUUUGCCAAAGAUCAGUGCGAGGAGAAAUCACCCAAUCUCAAUAAAUUCACCGAGCACUUUAAUAAAAUGUCCUAUUGGGCGCGCUCCAAAAUCUUGCGUCUACAGGACGCCAAAGAGCGCGAAAAGCAUGUGAAUAAAUUUAUUAAAAUCAUGAAGCAUUUACGCAAAAUGAACAAUUACAAUUCGUAUCUGGCGCUGCUCUCAGCGCUCGAUUCGGGCCCCAUACGCAGACUGGAAUGGCAGAAGGGCAUUGCGGAGGAGGUGCGCUCGUUUUGUGCGCUCAUCGAUUCGAGUUCCAGUUUUCGGGCCUAUCGUCAGGCGCUUGCCGAAACCAAUCCACCCUGCAUUCCCUACAUCGGUCUGGUACUACAGGAUCUGACCUUUGUGCAUGUGGGCAAUCAGGACUAUGUGUCCAAGGGUGUUAUUAACUUUUCGAAACGCUGGCAGCAAUACAAUAUCAUUGUCAAUAUGAAGCGUUUCAAGAAAUGCGCCUAUCCAUUUCGACGCAAUGAACGCAUCAUUGGCUUCUUUGAUAACUUUAAGGAUUUCAUGGGCGAGGAGGAGAUGUGGCAGAUAUCGGAGCGCAUUAAGCCACGUGGUCGACGCCCCGUCAACUAUUAGUCUUUAUGCAGCAACAACACCAACUGCAUUUAAAAGUGCAAUGUUUACACACACACACACACACACACACAUACACACCUUCCGCGUGUGUGUGUGGGUGUGGGUGCGCGCGCCGUGGAUGUGCAUAACUCCCUUAGACAUAACACACGCCGUCGUCAACUUAUCUAACUGGGUCUGAGUACAAUCGAUCAUUCACACUACUCUAUACUAAAUACGUAUAUAAGCUAUAUACAUAUAUAUAUAUAUAUAUGUAUGUAUACACGACUUUUAUGUGUAUAUAUCUAUAUAUAGCAAUAGAUGCAGUUGCAUAUGUGCAUGCACAUAAAAUGUACCUAAAAAAACGGAAAAAAUACAAUAUAUAUUACUAAAAAAACCGAGUUAAAUACGAUACGUGUAGUUCGAAAAAUAUGUAAAAGCAAAUAUUAAGCAUGCAUGGAUAUUGUAAGAAUUAUAUAUAUAUCUAUAUAUAUAUAUAUGUGUGUGCAUGUGUAUUGGUAACAAGCGAUCUAACGGCUAACAUAGUUACCGUCACGAUAUUUGGCAGCACACAUAAAAUUCCUAAUUACCAACGUUAACUUCUUUAAAUAUUCUAACUGUGUAUUAACAACGAAUUUUCGAAACGUGCUCGUUUUGUUUUUUACUUUUUAUUUUUUUUUUUUUUUUUUUAGAAACUAUGUUAACAAUAUUUACGUGUAUGUAGAGCCAAAAAAAAAAAAAAAAAACAACAAUUUAAUAUAAAUUACGAGUUUUAUGUGUUUUAAAAUAAGCGCUAAAUCGUCGAACCCGAACGUAUACAAUCACCUAGAGACACCAAAUCGAAAGAAAGAGUAUAGAAAAAAAAACACGAACAAAUUCAUGAACUCAUGAAAUCGAUAUGUAAUAAAUAAAUCUUGUGCAUACGGCUGGCUAAUUGGCUAACAAAUAGUUUGACUAACUAUUUAUAAUCACGAAUUGUAUAAACCCCCAAGAACUCCCUACAGAAACCGCUAAUUUACCUCCACCUGCGCACGUGUUUAAACGACUCGCGUUUAUGUAUGUGUCCUGAAUUAAAACCAAUUGCAGCCUCAGCUGUAUGCACAACUGGCUAAAAGAUAAACUAUAAACAAUACGAAAUUUUAAAUUCAUUCGGCAUUUACCUACACGCACACACACAAACACACACACACACACACACACACACACACACUCAAUUAGAAAUCGAAACAACUUGAAAAGUUACAAAAAAAAAAAAAAAAUGAAAAUUUGAAAUUGCUUUUUAUGCGUAAAGCCAACUAAAUAUUUAUAUACACAGCGAUUAAAUUCCGUUAAAAUGGUUAACUUGUCAAAAAGCGUAAACAAAAAGAAAGAAUUGCAAACUAUUUAACUCUAUACAAAGUGUACAUUAGUUAAGCUAAGCGAUUAUAUAUAUAUGAUAUACUAUAUGCAUACAUAUAUACACUUACACACACAAACACAUGCAUGAACUGCAUUUCAAACACACACACACACAUACACGCGACACGCACACGCUUUCACGUUCAAGUCUCAUGCACACAGUAGUAAGUGUUACCAGCUGCCGCUUCAAGAAAGUAGCCAAAUACAUAGCUAAAUAUAGCUGUUAAUUGGCAACACUGAUCAUACACACAAGAACAAGCACAACAACUGCACACUAUUUUUACCUAUACAUAUAUAUGUGUAUGUGUAUAUGUUACAAGUUGUAAUAUAUUAUAUUAUAUACAUAUAUGUAUACCUACAACUUGCAAGUAUACAAAUUUUGGAUUCUUUUAUGUAUAUUUAAUCUGUGUAUGUGCUAUAUACAGCGCUUUAUGUGUACCACAUAUGUGCAUAUGUAUGUGUACAUGAACUUAUACAGAGCGUUACACACACACACACACACACACACACACAUACUAACUUACUGACUCACUCACUCACACACACACACGCACAUAGAAACAAGACUGUCUUUAGUAUAUAUGUAGUAAUAUUUCAUGUAUCUUUACUAAAGCUACAUAUACGCGUAUUUGUAUGUACUGCUUAUAGAAAUUGUUAUAAACGAAACUUUAGCCAAGUUGCACAACACACACACACACACGCGCAUAAAACCGAUCCACCAUAUACUACUAUAUACUACAACUAUGUACACGAAGAAAACAAAAAAAAAAAAACUAAAAAUUGAAUCAAAAUUAAAAGCUACCAAACUAACUACCUAACUAUGUGCAUAUAUAUAUAUAUAUGUAUGUGUGUGUGUGUGUGUGUGUGCAUGCAUGUAUGUAUGCAUGUGCACCGACGUCUGCUAUAUAAAUGCGUACAUAUGCGUAUGCCCAGCAUUGUGCAUUCUAAAUAUAUAUAUAUAUAUGUGUAUAUGUAUCUCUGAUUUAGUCAUUGCUUUAUAUGUGCCUAUUAUAACGAUUUUUGAUGUAUAUUUCAUAACAUCAGUUACCAGUUUUUAAUAAUUCACAUUUUUAUUAUGUAUGUAUUGUAAAUGUAAUUGUAAUCUAUUGUAAACCCAACUAAAUGAGAAACUACCAACUUUAAAGAUAUUAAAACGAAAUUAAACAAACAAAAAAAAAAGUUAAAAAAAAA